AUGCUUACCCACUCCUAUCGAUUUCACCAGCACCUAUAUUUUUAUUCUCAAGGCCGGAACAUCUUCCUACAUGGCAAAUUAUCUUCAUUCUACCUAAUAGCGAGACAAGUGACGGAUUGCGAAGAAGGUCGUGCGCGAAUGCUCCAAGUCUCUUGGUAUGCGGGUAUGUGGCGUUGUGUUAACCGGGAUAUUGGUAUCAACACUACUUGUUUCUGUUCUGUGCACGCACGAGGUUCUCCAUAA